UUUCACAUUGUCAAUAUUUUAUUAAUUCUCUGUGCGUCUCCAACGCUUUCCUCUAUUUUCCACACUGCACCAUCAACCUCCGACGACGUCGAGGGACCAUAGGUGGGCACACGGCGACGCAGAGGAACUGAAAUGUAAACGCGCAACAAUUGAUCAUAACCAUCCGACUUGUCAGCCUUUCAUCUCCAGCCGAGUCGCGGUGAGACAGCGAAAACAUAUGGCUCCCUGAAAUAGCUGCUGCGGACCAUAUUGUACUGAAAUUGAUUCACGCCAGAGGGUCAAUAAUGUUAUAAGAUAAACGCCGGAAAGCUUCCAAUCACGUGACUGUGUAGUUUCUAUGAAAACGGCAGAUUUUUUUUUUUUAUUUUUUUUUUUAUACCGGUGUUUUUGUGCGUGCUUAGUGUUUGUACAGUUUCGGUGAUCCCGCGCAACUCCCCUUUCUAAACACACAUCAUCUCAAGAGCGGUUUUGCAGGUUGCGUUUUCAAUGUGUGUGAUAAAAGAAAUUACAUUGUAGGAAAAAUUCACUCAGAGGAUAGAGGUGUGUGUCGUUUAGCUUAGUCACUCCUCACCGGCGCCCGUUCGUCCCAGUCUGCUUCGGGUCUCUCCGCCAUCGGGAGUUUUUCUACCUCGGUUUGGUCCCAUCGUUGUUCUUCCCAGUGAACUGCAGAAGAGCGAGCUCGCUCUCCCCGGUAACAGGUCAUGUCGGUGGAGUCGGUGUUGAUCCCGGAUGACCGGGCAUUCAGCAGCUUCAAGGAGGAGUGCGGGAGCGAGGAGGGCUGGAGUCUAACCUACAAUAAGACGGGCAUGACCGUGUGGACCCAGACUAUAGGAGGAGAUGAGGAGAAGUCACUCCACAAGAUUAAGGUGAGGACAGGGUAGGCCGGUACACAGCUGAAUAGAAUAUGUGAGGAGCAGAGGGCACCAUAUAGGUUACCUCGGUCACACUGUCCCAUAGCAGGAAGUCAUAAUGUCCUAAACUGAAACCCUUUCACAAUAUUACUCAAAGGAGGGCAAGGAAGUGUUAUUUACAGGAAAGGAAAGAUGGAUUGUAAAAGUAUUGGGCCUGGGUCAGGUGUGUGCUGUAGGUGCCAGCGUGGAUGUAUCCGGGUCUGUGGCAGGAUAGCCAGCGAACAGGUGUUCUCACAUGGAGUUGUUUGAUGAAGGGAGGAGGGGGAAGAGGAAAUAGAAGGUCAAAUAGGAUGUGUGUGGACUGUACACGUGAUUAAUCAGCUCUGACGUCACACUGUUGGAGCAGGCCACUGUAAACUCAGACAGGUGUGUGACCAGUUGUGUGUGUGAUGUAAGAAGCUGCAGGUGGAAGUCUUCUGUUUCCCACAGAGAUUCCUGUUCUGCUACCUGUGAGUGCAGGUACAUUAACUGACCCACCCACACACACACACACACAUUAUUUUUGACAGACAUGACCGUCAGUUUUGUUUUGGCACCUUGUGUGGUAGUGGUCAUAGAGAAGGCAUCCUAUAAUGGGUCUGGUAGGUAGGCAGUAAAGCUUUUAUAUUAGCUGUCAUCUGUCUGUCUCUGAAGUGUCUGUUGGCCUGAUUUUCCAGAUGCCACAGAGGGUGUAAUGUGUGCUUAAGGAGAGGCCUUGUCUCUCUGUACUCAUGUCCAUAGUGGAUAGAGGUGUGAGACUGUGUGUAUGAUUGUCUGUCUCUGUCUGUGAGUGUGUGUGAGUGUGUGAGUGAGAGAUGGGGAGUAGACCCCCAAACCAUUACAUGUGCCUCUCGGUAUGGUUGUGUGUGUGUGUGCUCAGGAGGCAGUGAUGCUACGAUCCUGUUCUUCUAUUUAUAGACUGGAAUAAAAGCAUGGAUGCUCUCCCAGCUGAUGCAUGCGGAAAGUGUGUGAGUGUGAUAUCCAGGCUGUUGUAGUGUUGUCCUCUCCCAGACGGCCCACAGCAGUGAAGAACAGUGACAUGUGAAGUGCAGAGGCGUUGAAACCCGGAGGGGGAGGUUUGGGGAGAGAUCUUUGUCCAUCUCAUUAUUAUUAUUGAUAUUAUCAGCAGAAUAAUUAUCAUCAGCAUCAGCAUCAUCAAUAAUAUAUCAGCCAGUAACCAUCAGUCAGCCAUAUCAUCAGCAUCAUUAAUAAUCUAUCAGCCAGUAACCAUUAGUCAGCCAUAUCAUCAGCAUCAUCAAUAAUCUAUCAGCCAGUAACCAUCAGUCAGCCAUAUCAUCAGCCUCUCUAUUAACCUCCCAUCAUUAAACUGACACACACACACACACACACACACACACACACAAAGGCAGCAGAGCUGUGCUUCUGUAUUCAUGUGUGUAUGUGGGUGGUUGGUGUAUCAUAUGUGGGUGGUUUGACAAGCUGUCAGAUUGACAUAUACUGUUUGGACUUACCCCAGUCCACACACCACCCUGGAGGACUGAGGGAAACGACUCACUGAUGGUAUACAGAUACACACUCAUCCCCUCUCAUCCUUCUCUUCCACAUUCCUCUACCCGUGUCCAGCAGAACAGAUGAGCUUUGACAGGCCAGACAGAGGGGGGAGAGGGAGGGGAGGGGGGAGUAGAGAGAGGGAGGGGGGAGUAGAGAGAGGGAGGGGGGAGUAGGAGAGGGAGGGGGGAGUAGAGAGAGGGAGGGGGGAGUAGAGAGAGGGGGGGAGUAGAAGAGAGGGGAGAGGGGAGAGGAAGGAGGAAUGUUGGAUUAAACACUGCAGCUGACUGUAGUGCAGUCUGAUGCAGGGGGGAGGGUGUGUGUAUCAUGUUUGAGGUUAGAGGUCGUGUAUCAUGUGACUGUGAGCAUGCAGUGUCUGGCCCACAGGACUCUGUCAACCAUGAUCACAUACAUACACACGUGUACUGACAACAAUGAUCUCUCACUCAUGGGGUUUUUCAGUUUACGGUUCACACACACACAAACACCAGUCUCCAUCUCUCUCUCUCUCUCUCUCUCUCUCUGUCUCUCUGUCUCAAUUCAAUUCAAAGGGCUUUAUUGGCAUGGGAAACAUAUGUUAACUUUGCCAAAGCAAGUGAAAUGGAUAAUAAACAAAAGUGAAAUAAACAAUAAAAAAUGAACAGUAAACAUUACACUCACAAAAGUCUAAAAGGAAUAAAGACAUUUCAAAUGUCAUAUUAUGUAUAUAUACAGUGUUGUAACAAUGUGCAAAUCGUUAAUGUACAAAAAGGAAAAUAAAUCAACAUAAAUAUGGGUUGUAUUUACAAUGGUGUUUGUUCUUCACUGGUUGCCCUUUUCUUGUGGCAACAGGUCACAAAUCUUGCUGCUGUGAUGGCACACUGGUAUUUCACCCAAUGGAUAUGGGAGUUUAUGAAAAUUAGAUUUGCUUUCAAAUUCUUUGUGGGUCUGUGUAAUCUGAGGGAAGUAUGUGUCUCUAAUAUGGUCAUACAUUUGGCAGGAAGUUAGGAAGUGCAGCUCAGUUUCCACCUCAUUUUGUGGGCAGUGUGCACAUUGCCUGUCUUCUCUUGAGAGCCAGGUCUGCCUACGGUGGCCUUUCUCAAUAGCAAGGCUAUGCUCACUGAGUCUGUACAUAGUCAAAGCUUUCCUUAAAUUUGGGUCAGUCACAGUGGUCAGAUAUUCUGCCACUGUGUACUCUCUGUUUAGGGCCAAAUAGCAUUCUAGUUUGCUCUGUUUUUUGGUCAAUUCUUUCCAAUAUGUCAAGUAAUUAUCUUUUUCUUUUCUCAUGAUUUGGUUGGGUCUAAUUGUGUUGCUGUCCUGGGGCUCUGUGGAGUCUGUUUGUGUUUGUGAAGAGAGCCCCAGGACCAGCUUGCUUAGGGGACUCUUCUCCAAGUUCAUCUCUCUGUAGGUGAUGGCUUUGUUAUGGAAGGUUUGGGAAUCGAUUCCUUUUAGGUGGUUGUAGAAUUUAACAACCAUAAAGGGCAAUGGGUUCUAUAAGUAUUUUUUGCCGGAUCCUAAUUGGUAUAUUGAAUUUUAUAUUCCUUUUGAUGCCGUAGAAGGACCUUCUUGCCUUGUCUCUCAGAUCAUUCACAGCUUUGUGGAAGUUAGGUAAGAGGUAUGUAUAGUUUUUUGUGUGCUCUAGGGCAACAGUGUCUAGAUGAAUUUGUAUUUGUUGUCCUGGCAACUGGACCUUUUUUGGAACAACAUUAUUUUUGUCUUACUGAGAUUUACUGUCAGGGCCCAGGUCUGACAGAAUCUGUGCAGAAGAUCUAGGUGCUGCUGUAAGCCCUCCUUGGUUGGUGACAGAAACACCAGAUCAUCAGUAGACAUUUGACUUUAGAUUCUACCUCUCUCUCUCUCUCUCUGUCUCUCCUGCCCUCAUCAGUAGAGGAGGUUACUGAAUGACUUUAAUAGAAUAACAGUGAUGUCUUCUCUCUCUCUCCCUCCCUCUCUUUUUUCCUCUCCUGUUUCAAUCUGCCCUGCGGACACAAUCACUCCAUUAUUCUCUCAGCUCCAUUGUGACUUUUAAGUCCUUAGUCCAACGCACACGAGCACGCACACACACACAUACACACACACACACAGCUCAUUCCUCCAAACACAGAACCAUAGCUCAAAGUUGGGUUACUGAAUCACUAGUGAAACUGCAGUAGUAAUUGAUAACAUAGUUCCUCAUGACCAUAGAAAGUAGUCUGUAUAGAUUACUACUGUACACGGUUCUGUGAGUCUCUGAGAAAGAUAGUUUUAAGAAUUUACCCAUGUUAGACUAUAGAUCUGCUUGCUAGACCCACAAGGCUGUUGAAAGAUAAGGUUCCCCAUAUAGUGGACUACUUUUGGUCAGGGCUAUCCCCAUGUAGCUUAGUGGGUAAGAGCGUUGUGCCAGUAACCGAAAGGUCGCUGGUUCUAAUCCCCGAGCCGACUAGGUGAAAAAUCUGUAGAUGUGCCCUUAAGCAAGGCACUUAACCCUAAUUGCUCCUGUAAGUCGCUCUGGAUAAGAGCAUCUGCUAAAUGACUAAAAUGUAAAAAAAAUAUAAAAUUAAAAGUACCCCUCCCUCUACUCCCUGAUCUUCUGUCUGUGUUGUUGUGGUGUGGAGUCUUCCCCUGGCUGAGGUAACCAUGGAGACCUCUGGUGUGUGUGCGCUCGCUUUUUAAGAGCCUGACGUUGACAUAAUUCUGUGCCGACGGUUUUACUAUUAAACUGCCCCCCCCCCCCCGCACACACACACACACACACACACACACACACACACACACACGUGUGUUUGGUCAACUAAUGGUAAGUGUGUGUGUGUAUGACUGUGUGUUGACUACUUAUUAAAUGUAUGCGUCUCUCCUGCAGUGUCGGAUGGCGUGUAAGGACGUGCCAGCUGAGACCAUGUAUGAUGUUCUCCAUGACAUUGAGUACCGGAGGAAAUGGGACGCAAAUGUCAUCGAAACCUUCGACAUCGGAAAACUCACUGUUAACGCCGACGUGGGCUACUACUCCUGUACGACACAUACACACACCCAUGCACGCACACACACAUUUUUGGCGCUGUGUGUGUAAUUUUAAUGAGGCUCCUCCUCGUCUGUGUCUAGGGAAGUGUCCCAAGCCGCUGAGGAACCGUGA